AUGGCGAGAUUCAGUGAUUGUGAUAUUCUAUCCAUAAAUGAAACAAAUUUAAAACCUCAACAACUCUUCUCUCUUCCAGGUUAUCAUAUAUACAGAAAUGAUAGACAAAAUAAGCAAGGAGGUGGAGUUUUAUUAGCAAUACGAAAUAAUAUUAAAUGUUUUGAGAUCUUUAAUCAAACAAUCGAAGAUAAUGAAACAUUAGCAGUACAAAUAGAAACAUUUAAUGGUUUUUUGCUUAUUGCAUCCAUCUACAUCCCACCUAAUGCUAAACUAAAUUGUGAUGUCUUUCAACAUCUUUACAAAAUAAAUAACAAUUGUUUAAUAUUAGGCGAUUUAAAUGCUGCUCUCUGUACUAUGGGAUCUAAAAAAACUAACGCUAAAGGUUAUCAGUUACAGCAAUUAUUAGCAGAUGGAUUUCUUCAAUGUAUUGACAAUAAUCUUAUGACUUAUGCAAGAAACAAUUAUGAAGAAAAGAUUGAUUGGAUUCUUGCUAGUCAACCAACGCUAUCAUUUAUUGAUAAUGUUGAAACAUAUCCAUCUCUCGGCUUGAAAGAAGAUCACAGACCACUAACCUUUCAUUUAAACAUGUCAGCUGAACUAAAACCUGGUUCACCUAGAUUAUCAUACAAUUAUAAAACAGCAGAUUCGAAAUUAUACAGAAGCAAAUUGAAUGAUCUCUUACAUAAAAUAGAUAUAAAUCAAAAUAUUACAAAUGCACAUCAAAUCGAAACAUAUGUAAAGGAAUUAACUGAAAGUAUAGUUUCAGCUACGAAGACAG